UGGCCUGCUGAACUCCGCGGGCCGCCGCCGGCCUGGCUCCCAUCCCCCGCGGUCGGCGUUGCGCCCUCGCCGGCUCCGGGGCUGGGGCAAGGAGCGGGGUGGCCCCGGGCGUCUAACCUGUUCACCUGGUGUCCGAAAAACCGGCUGGCAGCUCUGAACUUUCUAGUCUCCCUACGGAAACUUAAGAGAUCUGCAGUCAAACUUUUUGUUUUGCGAUCCGUCUGAUGUAACCCCUUCUGGUGGAAAACCUCGUUUUGUGCUCGAGAAUGGUCUGUAGAAGUUCUGAUCCUCCCUCCACUUCUGUGCUCUAUGGACCAUGUGCUGCUCUGGAUGCCUGAAGUACUUGACCUGCAGGUUGGGAAGACUCAGCCAUCUCCAUGCUGGGCUGGAUUAAGUGCCUGCUGAGGAUGUGGUUUCAGCGAGCCGGGGUCAGCAUGCAGUCGGUACUAUGGUCUGGAAAACCAUAUGGGUCAUCUCGAAGUAUCGUAAGGAAAAUUGGUACCAACUUAUCUCUGAUUCAGUGUCGAAGAGUUCAAUUUCAGCUUACCAGCCAUGCAACAGAAUGGAGUCCCCCAGCCACGGGAGAAGGUGUGGUCACAUCUUUUGCUGAUGUUGGAUGGGUAGCCACUGAAGAAGGAGAGUGCUCAACAAGACUCAGGGCAGAGGUCAGGUCCAAGCCUCCUCUUGAGGAUGACCCUCCUUGCACUGAGAAGCCCCCAAGCAGGCACAUUUCCUUACCAAACUUGUGUCAAGACAAGCCUUCUCCACAGACGACGCUGGCCAGCGAGGAGGCCUUGCAGAAGAUUUCUGCACUUGAGAGUGAGCUUGCUGCUCUAAGAGCUCAGAUUGCUAAGAUUGUGAGCCUGCAGGAGCAACAGAGUCCAAGUGCAGGUUGCUUAGAUUCUUCCACAUCUGUUACUAUAGCACCACCACCUCUUCCUCCUCCUCCUCCUCCUCCUCCCCCUCCCCCUCCACUGGUGCUCCACCAAAGUACAUCUGCUCUUGAUCUGAUUAAAGAACGAAGAGAACAGAGACUCAGUGCUGGAAAGACUUUGGCUAAGGGCCACCCAAAGAAGCCUGACAUGCCAAAUAUGCUAGAGGUCCUUAAGGACAUGAACAGUGUGAAGCUACGGUCAGUCAAGAGGUCAGAGAAAGAUGUAAAACCUAGGCCAGUGGAUACUACUGACCCUGCUGCCCUCAUAGCAGAGGCUCUGAAAAAGAAGUUUGCGUAUAGGCAUCGACACAAUAGCCAAGGAGAAGCUGAAAGAGGAAUUCCAAAGUCAGAGUCAGAAGUCACCUCAGAGCCAGCCCUGUUUGGCCCACAUAUAUUGAAGUCUACAGGGAAAAUGAAGGCUUUGAUUGAAAAUGUUCCAGACUCCUAAUGGACAAUGAACUCAGAAGGACUCCUGGUUCACCUGUUGGCUUGCAGAGCUGAGUUUGGCUAGUAGAAAUCACCAGUAUUUAGUAAAUUCCUGACUGUAGUAUUUGUUGGUCUCCUUCUUAGUCUAAUUAAAGGAGUAAGAAGUAGUGAAAA